UCCUACUCUCCAUUUACUUUUCAGAGAGAAAAAGAGAGAGAUCCCCAAAAGUCCAAUUCCUAACCCCAAAAUUUCCAAACAAUCCCAAACCACAAUUUUAUUUCAAUUCACCUCCUUCACCAUCAAAACCCAAAACCCACCUUAAUUCAAACCCUUAAACCCCCCCAAAUCGUUAAAUCUAGGGUUCCCUUUUCUUCUUCGAUGGAGUAAAAGCUACGGUUUUCGGCUGCCUAUUGCAAUCUUCGCUUCUGGAUCAAUUAUUUUCUCUGGUUUUAUUGUAUUCGAACUAUUGACUCUCGCUGCAAAUAAGUGGAAAGAAAAAGCCAUGAAUAACCUUAUUGUGAUAUGUCAGUCUGGUGGGAAGUUUUCCACUGCUAGUGAUGGUUCCUUGUCGUAUGUUGGUGGAGAUGCUCAUGCUAUUAGUGUAAGUCGUGAGACUAAAUUUGAUGAAUUGAGGUUGGAGAUUGCAGAUAUGUGGAAGUAUGGAACUGAUUCAAUGACCAUCAAGUACUUUCUUCCCAAUAACAAGCGGACUCUGAUUACUAUUUCAAGUGACAAAGACGUCCAGCGUUUUCUUGAUUUUCAUGGAAACUCAGGGACUGUGGACGUUUUUGUCAUUAAGAAUGAAAGCUCAACAGCAUUAGCUGCAGUUACGCCUAGUACAACUGAAGCCACACCUGUGCCUCCUCGUAAAAGGUCCACAAGGAAGAGAGUGAUCCAACAAGAGUAUCCUCUCAAUGUUACACCUGUUGCUCAAGCUCCUGCCCCUGCUUUUCUUGCUUCUGCUUCUGCUUCUGAGAAUGCUGGGCGAUUCAACUCCUUGGCUACAGUACCUACUGAAAUUCAGAGUGGUGGACAGAUGAAACGUGUUAAGUUAUGGGAGAAUUGCAUUACCGGCCUUCACCAGCAGUUUAACAAUGUACGUGAAGUCCGUGAUGCUUUCCGCAAGUAUUCCAUUGCUCAGGGAUUCACGAUCAAGUUUAAGAAAAAUGAUAGCAUGCGUGUAAGUGCCAAGUGCAGUGUUGAUGGUUGUCCCUGGAGGAUUUUUGCAUCAAGGUUGUCUACCACACACUUAUUCCGAAUUAAAAGGCUGAAUGAAAUUCACACAUGUGGUGCUGGUACCAGUACAGAUAGUCAUCCUCGAGCCUCAAAGAAAGUAGUGGAAGGUAUUGUCAAGGAAAAGUUGCGUGAUAGUCCUAAUGUCAAACCCAAGGAAAUUGCCAAUCAAAUUCAGCAGGAAUUUGGAAUUGAAUUGAGAUAUUCACAGGUUCGACGUUGGAUGGAGGCUGCUACGGAGGAGAUUCAGGGUUCAUACAAAGAGGCGUACAAUCAAUUACCAUGGUUGUGUGAGAAGAUUGUAGAGACAAAUCCAGGUACAGCUGUCUCUCUUAACACCAGGGAGGACCUAAGUUUUCAUCGGUUAUUUAUUGCCUUUCAUGCUUCACUACAUGGUUUUCAGAGUGGUUGUCGCCCCUUGCUUUUCCUUGACACUAUGAGCCUGCAAUCAAAAUAUCAGUCAGAAUUGCUGACUGCAGCAGCGGUUGAUGGAAAUUAUGGUAUUUUCCCUGUUGCUUUUGCUAUAGUGGAUGUUGUGAAUGAUGAUAACUGGCAUUGGUUUUUGGUACAAUUGAAAACUGCUCUUCCAACAUUUCAGCCAAUAACAUUUGUGGCUGAUAGACAGAUGGGGUUAAGACAGUCAAUUUCUGUGGUUUUUGAGAAUUCUUACCAUGCUUAUUGCCUUCGCUAUCUGUCAGAAGAGCUGAAGAGGGAUCUUAAGGGUCCAUGCAUUCAUGAAAUUAUUGGAGUCAUCGUUGGACAUCUUUAUGAUGCUGCAUAUGCUCCCACACUUGAUGCAUUUCGAAAGUGCAUUGAAAGCAUCAAGAGUAUUUCACCUGAAGCCUAUGAUUGGAUUUUGCAAAGUGACCCUGAAAACUGGGCAAACUCACUUUUCCAUGGUGCGCGGUACAACCAUAUAACAUCAGGCAUUGCCGAGUCAUUUUACAGUUGGUUAACUGAGCUCGCAGCAUUACCAAUAAUAAAGAUUAUUGAGACCAUUCGCCAUAAGCUGAUGGAACUAAUUUACACUCGAAAGGUGGAGUCAGAUCAGUGGCUAACAAGAUUAACUCCAUCCGUGGAGGAUAAAUUACAGAAAGAGAUUCUCAAGGCACAGUCACUUCAAGUUAUGUUUUCACCUAGUAACACUUUUGAGGUACAAGAUUUCCUGGGUGCAGUUAAUGUCGUUAACAUAGAUGCAUGGGACUGUAGUUGCAGGGAAUGGCAACUUAACGGUUUCCCAUGUUUGCAUGCUGUGGCGGUGCUUCAGCACAUUGGUAGGGAUGUGUAUGACUACUGCUCCAAGUACUAUACAACUGAAGCUUUUCGUUUAACAUACUCUGAAUCAAUAAAGCCUGUUCCAACGGUAGAUAAGCCUGUGCUUGGAGAAUCAUCAGAGGUUCAGGUAAACCCUUCCCCUCUUCGUCGUGUCUCUGGCUCUCCCAAGAAGAGAAGAAUCCGGUCAAGAGGAGUGGUUAAAAGGCCACUGCAUUGCAGCAGGUGCAAAGGUGAAGGCCACAAUAAAGUAUCGUGCAAUGUUGUCUCGUAGAUGAAUCAUGUUUAUAGAGUUGUAAUUCAAUUUUUAUGCCAGAUAGAUCGUUAUAAGGCUGCCUGUUUAGCAUAGGGAUAGGUUAGAUGGAAAAUUAGGUUGCACUCUGAUGUGAGUGACUUUUAAGGGUAUGUACUGUGGUCGGAUUGUGCAGGCUUUAAUUUUAGUGUGGCACUUGUUUUGCA